GGCAUUCGUCCCCAGAUUGGGUGCCGGCAAUUCGUCACGACACAUCGGUACAAGUCGACGUCUUGCACCUUCAAGCAUUUUGGGCUUCUUCACAUCAUCGACUCGAAUAUCUUUCCAUUAAUUAGACUUCGUUUCUUGCUCAUUCAGGAAAUAAACCCUUCCCGGUGCCGACUCUACGACACCAGGAGCAAAUCGCUCGGGUUGGGUCCGUCAUGUCUUCAGACCUCUUCCGGAUAGACGAGCAUACAAUAGAAGCUUCCCAUAUCCGUGGUUUCCCUAGAGUGACAGCAACAAACCAAGAAGAGGUCCUGCACAUAGCCGUCAAGCAGUAUACCCCGCUCAACAAUCCUUGCCCAAGACCAGGGGACAUUACUAUCAUUGGGGCGCAUGCCAAUGGCUUUCCGAAAGAGCUGUAUGAGCCCUUAUGGGAUGAACUCCUGAAGAUAUGUCGACAGCACGGCUUCGGUAUCCGUGGCAUUUGGAUAGCAGAUGUCGUACAUCAAGGAUGGAGUAGUGUGUUGAAUGAGGAUAAGCUAGGAAACGACCCUGCCUGGCUCGACCACAGUCGCGAUCUCCUUAACAUGGUUAACCACUUCCGCGCCCGAAUGCCGCGCCCCCUAAUUGGCGUAGGGCACAGUAUGGGCGGUUGCCAACUCACCAAUCUUGCUCUCCUGCACCCGCGCCUCUUUGAAACCCUGGUUCUCAUCGACCCUGUCAUCGCAGAAAGAGUCCAUCUCAAUGCUAAUGUCGGGCCAGCCUACGCAUCCGCCAAGCGCCGCGAGCGAUGGCCCUCGCGGGAAGAAGCAGCUAAAAGCUUCCAGAAAAGUAAAUUCUACCAGAGUUGGGAUCCACGGGUUCUCGAGCGCUGGGUAGAGCACGGGCUGCGCGAUGUUCCAACCAAGCUGUUUCCGGAAGCGAAGGCACCCGAGGUUACGUUGACAACAACGAAACAUCACGAGGUCAUGACCUUCCUUCGAUCCAACUUUGCCGCUCGCCCAGGCGACACAGAGAUCUCAUCCGCAGACUUCACUCUUAGCAAUUCGACGCUCAAUCGGCGCACUCACCCAGAUCUCACUCCUUACGCUGACCCGCAAACACCUUUCUACCGCGGCGAAUCAACAAUUGUUUUCAACCAACUUCCUCACGUUCGCCCUUCUGUAUUCUACAUCUUCGGCAGUCUGUCCUCCCUCACAAAUCCUGCCAUCAUCGAAGACAAAAUGUCCAGGACAGGGUCUGGCGUUGGCGGCAGCGGCGGCCGGGCUGGAGGCCGGGUAGCGAAUGUUAUGGUGCAAGACGCGGGUCAUUUGAUCCCGAUGGAGAAAGUGGAGGAGAGUGCUGAGCAUAUUGCCAAGUGGGUAGAGAAGGAGAUGGCGAGGUACUGGGAUUGGGAGGUAAAAACGCAGAAGGAGUGGGAAGGAAAGACAGGGCGGGAGAGGAGCGUGCUAGAUGGGAGAUUUGUGGAGGAACUGAACCGCUUGAUGGUGCCUAAAGAGAAGAAGACAGAGUCAAAGCUGUAAUGUAGGCCUACUUCAAAGCCUGGAGGUACUUCCUACAAGAGUAGAGAAAUUCGUUGGCGAUCGAGCGAUAUUUUACGGCCCUUGGGAGGCUCAGCAAUACUGUGUACAUUAUUCAAGCUGUCUAAAUACCCGCUUGAAAUAUGCCUUACUUCAGCUGGGUUGAUACAGGAUCGUGUCCUCCCAUGCUCCACUUACACGAGGUUGUGGGACAUC